CUGUAAGCCUACCUGUCAUCCGGGUAUCGCGCCUCGUUUUCGUCAAGUAGGAGUCGUAUGAAUACAACCACAUGGCGACAGACGGUAGUCGGUGAAAAAAUCGAAUAAUUUCAGUUGAUCAUGGCGUCUCCAAAUGAAAAGAGAGUACUCCCUCCCAUUGCUAACACAGACACAGACAAUUUUUGUUCAGCACCAAAACCCCCCAAAUUAACAAAGGUGCUAUUCACCAGUGAUGCCCACAAUGUGUCACACUCACAUGAUAGUUUCUUCAGUGGAGUUUGUGAGCGAUGUGGUACUGAAUUUUCACCAGAUGUAUCAGUCUGCACAGAUCAUACAGAUGUAGUUUGCUGUGACAAGUGUGGGUGGAUUGAAGAUUUGCAUAUCAAAGAAAAUAUUGGGCAAAGCUUUUCUGGAGAGCGACCUAUAGACAGCCCAGAUGUCACUGUUAUAGAAAAUAUAGAAAAUUUUGAGCAGAGUGUAUCUGAAGCAGAAACACAUUGUUUUGAAAAUGUUAAGCAGAGUUUAUCUGGAGAGGAACCUAUGGAAAGUCCAGAUACCAUUAUUGAAAAUAUUGAACAAGGUGACCAGUACCUACAUCAGCUACUGUCUUCUGUGAUAGCCAAGUCGCCCACUGAGUUGAAAGUGGUGAAAGAAAUUCUGACAGCUAUACAUCAUGGCAAUCUUAAAUCUUCUCACUUGCUAUUUCAUCUAAUUUAUGAAGCCUGUCAGCAGUUGAAUGCACCUUGCUUGAGAGGGAAUCGUUACUCAGACAUAACAAAGACUUUUUGGAAGCUGUUCCAGCUCAAAUUCGGAAGUGCCCCUUUAAGAUAUCUGUCAGGCUGGAAGUGUUAUGGCCAUGUUUUAAAGGGUGAGGCUGUAGAUGGCCAUUUUGAAACAAAUGGUGAAGAAACAGUUCUUGCCAUUCCCAAAGCAGAUGUCUUGCAAAAUUAUCAACCAGAUGGGUGUGAAUGGCCAGAAAAGAUCGCGCCUGGACUGUGCCAUGCAGUGGUGAAACAAGUUGCAGCAUGUGCCAAAGGAGCAAGUCUUUGCCUGUCCCUGGAUGGAAAAAAGGUGGCCCCUGGUCUCAAGGGGGACUUUGGGGAUGUUGAUCUUCUUGGACAUGAGCCAGAUGGAUCCCUGGCUUCUAAGCAGCAGCGUCAUGCAUCUGAGCUUCUGCACCUGCAGACAGCAAUUGACCUCCUGCCUCGGUGUGGCAGCCCAUUCAGUCAGAUGAUGUUCACAUCUACAGUACAAGAUAUUAUCACCAAUGUGUGUAUCAGGCGACUGGAACUGGCUGCAAUGCUUGAAAAGAAAAAGUUUACUCUAGGCAAGUUGCAGAGUGAAGCUGGACCAGAUUAUCGUUCCUCACGUUACUCAUAUGUUAUCAGCAUGUUGACUGCAAAUAUUGUGGAAAUCAAUGAGGCACUGAGAACGAAUGUUGAAGUAGUUGAUCUGUUAUCUAGUACUGUCUCUUCUAUGAAUGGUUUCCAGCAUCUACACAGUCCAGCUGAGGAGAAUCACCUAUGCAAUCUUCAACAGCUGAUUGACAUCGACAAAUUGUCCUCAGAAGAAGCAAAGAAAAGCAUUGAGAAAAUGGGACUCCCUUAUAUCAAGCAGAGAAGUUCGUAUUGGUUUUUUGCCCGAGAAAAGGCAACUUUAACUGGAUCCAGACUCUAUGAAGCCCUUGGUGGUGACACAUUGAAACGCCAAAGGGAAAUAUUUGCACAAGUAUUUGAAGGGCACACAGAAGCUGAGAAAUCACCAGAGGUGAAAGAAGCCAUGGCACAUGGUGUAAAGCACGAGAUGUGUGCUGUCACAACAGUUUGUAGGAACUUUCUUCCUGUGUACCACCCAAACUGGAAGUUUGUUGAAGUUGGAGGUUUUCCACUAGAUCUUGAAGGUGUACCUGUUGUUGUUUCUCCUGAUGGGUGUCUCACUGAGGAUGGUAAACCCCAGGCGGCUGUUGAGAUUAAAUGCCCUUAUUUCCGCAAACAGCUACAUGAAUUUAUUCCAGCCAGAUAUUAUCUUCAGGUGAUGGCAGAAAUGGUUGCAUUGGGGACUGAACAGUGUUUGUUUGUGUCGUUUGAGGACUCAUUUACAAGGUUAUUUCUUGUCCGUUUUGAUUUACCUGUUUGGUCCAUGGCUGUCCAUGAAAUUCAGUCUAUUUAUUCAACCCCAGGAUCAAGGCCAGCAAGCAGAACUGAAAAUGGCAAGCAACUUUUCAGGACUAUAAAAACCAACAUAAAGUCCAACUGCUCCCUCCUUGCCGAAGUUCGCUCUGUCCAUGUUUGUGACAAAGCAAACACUGUGCUGACAGAAAUGACCACUGCAUUCCCUUUUGUUGAAGUGCAUUGCAGGGCCAGAGAAAACUUCGUUUCAACACCUGAGUUUGUUGCCUCAAAACAGUCAGCUUUGGAAGUUGGGGACACUCAUUUACGCAAAGCCUAUGAACUCUUGUGCCAAAAGGCAACUGAGAUGGUUGCCCUAGUGAUCUCAGAUUUGGACCGUAUGAACAAACAAGACAGAAUUCUCGGUGUCCCCAUAAACUACUUCCUGAAGGGGUACAGCUUACCCAUGGACAUAAUGCGUAACAUUAUGGAAGACACUUUAGACAAACUACAUCAAGAAGGGCUGCAUGUUCCCAUCGUUUCUUUCGAUGGUGCUUUUAUGAAAUUAUUAAAUAGAGAUGAAAACAACCAUCCCAUGACCCUUGUCCAGUUGCAGAAAGACUUCUGGCAUGAGGUAAAAUCUCUUUCUAAGGCCAGCAUCAUUAGAGAUUUCAAAGAGCAGACGGGUCCAGAUCAGUACAGUGUGACCAGGGAAGGCGCGAGGUUUACUGUUGCUCUGCUAGAAGGGAUAAAGUUGCCAAAGACUGCUUUUGGUUGUGGGCCGGAGACGGAAGAAGAGGCUGCAACUGAUCCCAUGGAUAUGCUGAUCAGCAGGCUAGCAACAGACAAUGUUGGAUCAGAUCAGCACCAGCGUGAAGAUGAUACUCCUGGUUGUGAAGAUAAUAAGAUGAUGUUGGCUGCCAUGGCUCUCCAGUCACAUGCAAAGCAUCAGAGCACUCUUGACAGCACUAUUCUGCAGUUCUUUUCACAUGUGUCUUUAUUGCAGAAGUUAACUAUCCCAGAACUUCAAACAGUCUGUAAAGCUCUGAAUAUUGUUAUCUCAAAGCCCAAGAAACAAGUCAUUGUCGAAGCUAUUGCACAAGUGUUGAACAUUCCAGGCAGCUUUUUGGCCACCAGGAAGAAGAAUCCACCCUCCCUCCUGUCUCUUGCCACUAAACAGCUCACUGGAAAGAAAUACGCUAAAUCCUACCUGAAUGUCAGUUAUGCAGAAUGGAGGUUUCCACAAAAGGUUUCCCAAUGGAAUAAGAACCUUCCCUUUAAUCAUGAUAUGGUCAUUCCAGGCCUGGAAAAAUACUUUCCACUGCAGUGGUCAUAUUCACCCCAGUAUAGUGCCAGCAGAGAUCAGCUGGAAUUGCGUAGAAUUGACUCCACCCAUUUAUUGACCAGAACAAGAUCAGCAAUGAACCGCUCUGCUUGUCUUGGAUAUGCUGAAAGAGCACAUUUGAUGGAGGUGGCAGCAGACAUGACAACACAGCUGAAAGUUGGCAUGUUGGAGGACAACUUAAAUAUGCAAAGCACUGACCUGGCAUUAUUGACAUUUGGGGAAGAUGUACAGGAGGAAUUAGAGAAAAAAGGGUACUUCAGCAGUGCAUUCAUGUGCCAAAGGAUUAUGGAUUGGUUCAGGGCAUGUGAUGACCCAGCAAUACCAGCAUUAACCAGAUGUGAAAUGAAACUAAGAUAUCGCCAGAUACUGGAAGAAUUUGGGAGUGUAUUUAAGUUUCCACCCAUGGGAUCCCAUGUUGAAGGCUAUCCUAAAGUACUAUGGGAGGCUACUUUAGCUGCUGUCGAUUCAGAUAUACUUCUGUAUGCACUAUCCAGAAGGGGAACGUAUAACCAGAGAUCAGUGAGCAGCCAGCCAUGUGAGGGUCUCUUCUCUAGUCUUGCCACUCUUCCUUCUGCCCACAAUGGUGCACCAAGCUGUGUAAGCUUACAGACAGAUAUGGGGAAAGUAAUUGGAGAGUCAAUUAUUCGCUUGGAUUCUGAGAGGAACUUUCCUGUACGGCUCUCUGCAGCUCCUGUUUACUCUGAAAAGAAGUUGGCAGAGGAUGUUGGGGAAUUGCCCUGCCCGAAGGAGGUUCCAGUGUAUAUACAAAGUGUGGAAGUGAAGGAUCAUCCAUUUGAUUCUAAAAACAGGCGAAGGAGGGCACCACGCAAGAUUUGUGGAAUCUCCGAUCUUCAUGAACCAGGGAGAGGAGUUUCAGGUGUGCGUUCUUAUCACAAGAUAAAUGAAGGACAACUUAAUCCUCUCAUUCGGUUGGGCCUUUCUAGCAAUGCAACUCUGCAGAAUAUAACAAAUUAAUCAUGACUGAGGAACUUGCACAUAUAUGUAUAUUUUCUGUGAUCAAUGUUUCUGUACUGGCACAUAUUGCUUACCCUUUACCUGCCAAACCACUUUUGUUUUUUUUUUUUUAAAUAUAUACGGGGCACCUGUAUUUAGUAAAAUAACAGACUAAAUUGUUAAAGCAGCAUCAGUAUAGUAUUUCUGAUGACUUUUUUGUUUUACCUUUUCUUACACUAUUUAAGGAGGAUCAUCCCAUAAUUGCCAAUUUGGGUGCAAUGUAAAGUUUGAUGAAUUUAAAUGAGUGAAUUCAAUGGUUUCGUUACCUCAAAGCAAGUGCUUUUAUGCAGUCUGUUCAAUCAGUAUUUACAGAAGACGAGUUCUUAACAAUGUUUUUUCUUGCCUCAUGUUCUCCUGUGGUAUGUACAAUUAAAGCAAAAGCUAUCAGGAAAACUGUAAAUAAAUAUAUUAUUUACA